ACUGGUUUUUCCAAUUUAAAAUCAUUGACGUUGAGAGUGUCAAAAUGCUUGACAAAAUUCUCACACGUGUAGCUCUAUGAUUGGUAGUCUAUUUGACUGAUGCACUAUCUCCUUAAUAAAAGAUAGAGAUAGAAAGAGAAAGAAACGCAUAUGGUUGACUCUCUCCUCUCUUUCACUCUCUUCAAUCUUCAUCAUCAUCUUCUUCAAACCAAACACAACUUACAAGGAAACUGUUGUUUGAAUCUGUGUCUAUUUAAAAACACAUCUCCUUUGACCUUUUUUUUUUUAAACGAGUAGUAUAAAAAAGUGGUUUGUUACGUUGUCUUUGAUUUUUAAUAUAUAUGGCGGUGGAGCUGAUGAUGAGCAGCAGCAGCAGCUACGGCGCCGGAGGUAAAGGAGACAGUUUCCCUUCAAUCUCCGCUAAAUUGGAAGAAGACACAGCUCUCAGAGAAGCUGCUUCCGCGGGGAUUCACGGCGUUGAGGAGUUUCUCAAACUCAUCGGUCAAAGCCAUCAGACGGAGGAGAUAACGGCGGUGACUGACGUGGCUGUUAACAGCUUCAAGAAGAUGAUUUCUCUUCUCGGCAGAUCUAGAACCGGACACGCUAGAUUCAGACGAGCCCCCACCACCACCACCGCGACGACACAGACGCCGUUUAUUAAGCAAACGACGGUGGUGGAAGAAGAAGCGCAGGAGGAGAAGAAGCCAGAGAUAACCGCCGUAUUUGCGAAACAGAAAACAGAGCAAUAUCACGGCGGUGGAUCUGCGUUUAGAGUUUAUUGCCCUACUCCGAUUCAUCGACGUCCUCCUCUAUCUCACAGCAAUCAGAGUCAAACAAAGAACGGUUCGUCUUCUUCGUCUCCUCCGAUACUAGCUAACGGAGGACCACCACCACAACCACCGUCAACGAUAAACUUCGCUCCGUCACAACCUGUCUCAGCGACCAACUCAUUCAUGCCUUCUCAUAGCCAUAGGUGUGAAACCGAGAGUACUCAUAUGUCAUCAGGAUUCGAGUUCACUAACCCAUCUCAUCUCUCUGGUUCGAGAGGUAAACCUCCUUUAUCAGCAUCAGCUUCGUUGAAGAGAAGAUGUAACUCAUCUCCCUCCAGCCGUUGUCAUUGUUCCAAGAAAAGGAAAUCAAGAGUCAAAAGAGUGAUUAGAGUUCCAGCAGUAAGCAGGAAAAUGGCUGACAUACCAUCAGACGAGUUCUCAUGGCGAAAGUAUGGUCAGAAACCAAUCAAAGGCUCUCCUCAUCCUCGGGGAUAUUACAAGUGCAGCAGUGUAAGAGGGUGUCCGGCGCGUAAGCAUGUGGAGCGUGCACUGGACGAUGCGAUGAUGCUUAUCGUGACGUACGAAGGAGUCCACAACCAUGCUUUGGUGCUCGAGACGACGACGACGACGCAUCAUGACAAAACUCUUUAAUUCUGGUCGUUGCCGUUCAGAGUUUGAAAGCAAGUGUGUGUGUGUGUGACCACUAAAUCCAGAUUAGUCAACGACAGAGUGGGCCUGCACUGCACUUCUUUAUUCUUUUUCUUUUUUUUUUUCUUUUUUAUAUAAAUUUUUAUUGAAAGACAACAUUUUGAGAAAGCUUUUUGCUUUAUCUUUCCUUUAAUUGAAGAGAAAAAAAAAUAGAGGAAGGGGAAAGAUAAAGACGAGAGAGGAACGUUGUGGAUCUCGGUGGAAGUUGAAUCAUGUGAAUGUCCUUUUCUGUUUAUUUACUUCUAGGAUUAAUAUAUUAAACACUAUUUUAGUCCA